AUGGCCGCUGCUGCAGCGCGGCCGCUGCUGCUGCGGCUAAACAGAAUUCCUUUGAGGCAGACACACCGAAAUGCCUCCACCCAAACUGGCCGCGGGGCAGCAACACGCGGCGACUUGGGCAGAUCUCAGGGGCCAUGCACUGUGUGGACAUCACUGGAUGAGUUUCGGGGCUUCCAGGAUAUCCCGGAAUCCCGCCCCACGCUGCAGCUGCAGCGGCGCGGCAAGCCUGCUGGCAGCAACAGCAGCAGCGGCAGGAAACGUUCGCUUCCCCCCUGGAUUUUCGCGCACGACAUAAAGAACUUCACGGAGCUGCAGAGCCUUCAGCUGCCGGCCGCUGCAGACGCGGCUCAGCAGCAGCACGAGCAGCAGCAGCAGCAGCAGCAGCAGCAGCAGCAGCAGCAGCAGCAGCAGCAGCAGCAGCGCGGCAGUCUGCUGCCCCUGGCGGUGAACAUAGUAGACAGCGACACGGGCGAGUACCUCGGCUGCGGCCUCUUCCACUCGCGGCCCCUCAUUGCAGCUCGAGUGCUUGAAGACUUGAGCCCCUCCACUGUUCUGAAUUCAGAUUUCCUGCAGCAAAAGCUGCGGGAAGCAGCAGCCCGCCGCCGGGGGCUGCCGCCUGCAGUGUUUCUGUCUUGUGCAGAAUCUGCUGGGCCCCACCCAGGGGCUUUUCUUGAAGAUCCGGGGGCCCGGGGCCCCCCACAGCAGCCAGUGCAUGCAGCGCAUGCACUGCAUGCAGAGCCUCCUGGGGCUGUUCCCCGGGGCUUUUACCGAUUGGUUAAUGCGGAAAGUGACGGACUUCCUGGACUUGUCGUGGACCUUUUUGGAGCUGCAGUGUCUGUACAGCAGCUCACAAGAGGCAAGCAGCUCCUGCUCCCCGCAGCAGCGCCUGAAGGCAGCCCCAAGUUCCACACAAGAAACACCAGAGGGGCCCCUCUGGGGCUUUUGGGGGGCCCCGGACCCCCAGGGGGCCCCCCAGCGAGCCCCUCAGGGGGCCCCUCAGGCGCUGGCAGCGAGCUGCUGACUGCACCUUUUGUUGCAGCUCUGCAGCAGCUGCUGCAGCCCGCAGCUGUGGUGCUGCGCAACGACAGCUUUCUGCGGCAGCUGGAGCGGGACCCUUCCAUGAAGCAGUAUGCUGCAGUUGUUGCUGGGGAACUGUCCGGUUGGCAGUGGAUAGAAGAAGGCGGCAGCGCCUUCCCCGUUGAUUUGCUGAACAGUCCAGACACAGGCUGGUACUACGACCGGCGGGAGGUUCGGGAGGCCGUGGCUCAGCUCGCUCGUGGCUCGCGGGUGUUGGACCUCCACUGCCACUCCGCAGCAUUCAGCAUCGGGGCGCUGCGGCGAGGAGGUGCUCAGAGAUGUGUCGGUGUGGACGUUUCGGGUCUGUCUCUCGAGCUCGCAGCAGCAGCAGCAAAGAAGAACAAUCUGCAGCAGCAGCUGCUGCUGCAGCAGGCUGACGCCCUCCAGUGGCUGCGGCACAGAGCGCGGCCCUCCCGGCCUUCUUGUCUAGACAAAGACGCAACAGCAACUGCAGAAGCAGCUGCUCCUGUGGAAGCAGCAGCUCAAGUUCCUGCAGAAGCCCAGUUUGAUAUUGUCAUUAUGGACCCCCCUGCACCCCACAGACAGGGCUUGGUGCAAGCUUUCACUGCCGAGCUGCUGCAGCUGGCUGCUGCUGCUGCCAGAGUCCUUAGCAGCGGAGGGCGGCUGGUGGUCGUUGAGAGCAGCAGAUUUCUAGAGCUGGAGCAGCUGCUGAACAUCUUAAAUGAAGCAGUUUCAGCUGCAGGCAGAACCGCCGCCCUCGAAAUGCACGGGGGCCCCACUCUGGACUGCCCGCAAGACCUGCGCACUCAGGGCAUCACGGGGAUGAAGUGGCUGGCGAAUCCGCUGCUGCAGGGGAAGGCGCUGGUGCACUACAGCUCGUACUCGCCGCAGCACGUGACGAACGCCGUGCUGCUGCUGUGCAGCUUUCUCGUUGCUGCAGCAGCAAAGUCUCCAGAUGAAGCUCUUGAGCCUUUUUUAAAAACAAAUAUUUAUUUAGCUUCUUACAGAGACGCCACUUACUCGCAGUGCAGCUUCCGCCUCACAGUGCUGGACUGCCUGCAGGGGCUCGCCUACGCCAUGCAGCUGGGGUGGUUCAGCCUGUCUUCUUUCAACCACGCCCAGUAUGAACACUACGAAAGACUGGAAAAUGGAGAUAUGAGUUGGGUAAUUCCUGGAAAGUUUUUGGCAUUUAGCUGCCCCUCAGUAGGUGCUGCUGCGAUGUGCCCGCGGCGCAGCAGCGACUGCAGCAGCAGCAGCAGCAGCGGCAGCAGCAGCAGCGGCAGCAACGGCGGCUGCAACCCCUCCUACUAUGUCCGCGUCUUCAAAAAACUUAACAUCAAACUUGUCAUUCGACUUAACAAAAAAAUGUACGACUCUGAAGUCUUCAAGGAGGCGGGCAUAGACCACCAAGACCUUUUCUUCGUCGACGGCACCUGUCCCCCCAGAGAUAUUAUGGACAAGUUUUUGAAGCUUUGCGAAGCAUGCGACGGCGCGGUGGCUGUACACUGCAAAGCCGGGCUUGGCCGGACAGGCUCUCUGAUAGGCUGUUACGCAAUCAAAAACCACAAAUUUCCAGCACUUCCUUGGAUUGGUUGGAACAGAAUUUGCCGGCCAGGAAGCGUCUUGGGUCCCCAGCAAUACUUUUUGUGUGCCAUUGAAAAUGAACUCAUGAAAAGAGAAGCAGCUCCAGGCUGUCCGGCGGUGCGGCACCGCCCGCGAGAAAGAGUGUCAGAAGACGCGGAGCUCGAGACUCUGGCCCUCAGCAUGAAGGACAUGCAACUUGAAGACAGGCGAAUUGCGCAGCAGGGAGACGAGGGACAGGGCGAUCGGCUUAUGGAGGCAAAGAGAAGGUCGAAGCCAGCACUGGGCUGCAGCGCGAACGGCGAGGCAUCGCAGGAGCCCCUAGAUGAGAGGCCUGCUCUCCGCAGUGAUUCUGCUGCUGCUGCUGCUGCUGCUGCUGCUGCUGCUGCUGCUGCUGCUGCUGGGGAUUUGUCCACCUCCUCCCGCUUCGACGCAAUAGUGCGCAGCAAAAUUGCGGGGCCGCUGGUGCCCUCGUUUGCAGCAGGCGCAGCAAGUGGCCGGAAAGGCGGCAGCAGCUGCCACGGGCCUGCUGCAGCAGCAGCAGCAGCAGCAGCAGCAGCAGCAGCAGCAGGGGGCCCCUCCUCCGGCAUGUGCGUCGCUUCCUCCUGUAGGCCCGCUGGAAGCAGAUCCCGAAAUGAUGUCUAG